CUGGCGUGUACAAGUGAAGAAAAACCAACUUCUGCUCCAACGACUGACGUUUCGGCAGGCUUGGACUGAUAUUAACCCGAGUACUACAGGGCAGCGCUUUCUCUGCUCACAUUCGUGCCAGACAUGUUGAACGGCCAAGAUAUGACCUCUCACGAUUUACGGGUUCGCUUUACCUCUCUAAAGAGCCCCUUAACGACUCGUUCUGAGGUGUUGGAGGCGUGUACGUCUCUACUUAACCCGCUUCUGCCCUUCUUCUCUCCAGCACGAACCAGAGUACGCCUCGGGGCAACGGCCACUCGUUACGAUGAAGCAGGCGCACAGCUAGAGGGCUUUACGAGACCUAUGUGGGGUCUGGCCGCUUUGCUGGCUGGAGGUGAUGCUUUUCCUGGCUCAGAGCUUUGGCUAGAGGGGUUGAAAAAUGGCACGAACCCUGACCACCCGGAGUUUUGGGGUUGGUCGAAGGACUUAGAUCAACGCAUGGUCGAGAUGUGUCCGUUGGGUUUCGCACUGUGCGUUGCUCCCAAGCAGUUUUGGGAUCCUUUGACCCAGAAAGAGCGUCUCAACGUUCAGCAAUGGCUUGAUAUCAACAAAAAGGAAAUGCCCAACACGAACUGGCUUUGGUUCCGUGUCUUCGCCAAUCUUGCCCUGAUGAAGAACGGUGCCAAAUAUGACGCCGAACGUCUUGAGGCGGAUCUUAAUCAUCUGGACACAUUCUAUCGAGGUGAUGGUUGGUCGAACGAUGGACCCAAGGACACGCUCCAAAUGGACUACUAUUCCGGGUCUUACGCCAUUCAAUAUCUCCAGCUGCUGUACGCCAAGAUCAAUGGAGAUCAAGACCCGAAGCGAGCUGAAGAAUAUAAGUCUCGAGCCAGGCUGUAUGCAAAGGACUUCAUUCACUACUUCGAUGAGCAAGGCCGAGCAAUCACUUUCGGCCGAUCGUUGACUUAUCGUUUUGCGAUGGCUGGCUUCUGGUCUGCGGUCGCAUUCGCGGACGUCGAACUUGAUCCACCCUUGACCUGGGGUGUCGUAAAAGGGCUCUUGUUGCGCAAUCUCCGAUAUUGGCGCCAGCAAAAAGACAUCCUUACCGAAGCAGGGACAUUCAAUAUUGGUUAUACAUAUCCAAACCAGUUCAUGUCCGAGAACUACAACUCCCACGGCUCAACGUAUUGGUUCAUGUUGAGCUUUGCUUGCCUGGCAUUACCGGAGUCACAUCCGUUCUGGAUCAGCAAGGAGGAGCCUUUUCCUGCACCAUCAAUACCUCAGAUUGUAUCUUUGAAGCAUCCCAAGCAUAUCAUGAUCAAGAGGGGAGGGCACACUUUCCUCCUUUCUUCCGGGCAGAUGUGCCACUAUCCCAUGCGCGCGUCAGAGUCCAAAUAUGGCAAAUUCGCGUACAGCUCAGCCUUUGGCUACUCUGUGCCAACAGGAGGCUACUUUGUCGAAGCAGUUGGCGGAGACAACAUGAUCACAGUGUCCGAUGAUGCGGGGGAUACUUGGAAAGUUCGGAGAAAGGCCAUUAAUGCAAGGCUGGAGACGAAGGACAACUCACCGGUGCUGAUCUCCACGUGGAUGCCCUGGCAAGAUGUGUCGAUCGAUACCUAUCUGCUCCCUCCAAUCGAAGAUGCACCAAACUGGCACUUACGCGUUCACCGUAUCACGACGGGUAAGCGAGCUCUAAAGACAAGCGAAGGGGCCUUUGGGCUUCAUGGGAUCUCGCAGAAGGACGAAAGAGAAUUACCCCAGCUGAGCGGACAGGACACCGAGGGGAGGCGGGAGGGUACAGGGGAGGCUCUGGCUAUCUCCAGGGGUGGUGCAGUGGGGAUAGUUGAGAUGCAUCAACCCCAGACUCGUUCGGGCCGCGUGCUCGAUGAAGAUGCAAACAGCAAUUUGACCGAGAGCAGAUCUGUGCUGCCCAGUCUGACUCUAGACCUUGAGCCGGGCACAAGUAUCUGGAUGGCCACUGCAGUAUUUGCUAUGCCGAAUUCUGUUCCGGAAUACCGGCAGAAGUGGCAGGGUGAAUGGGAGAGACGACCCCGGAUUCCCGACUGGCUCAGACAGCAGAUGGAUUGACAAAAAGGUGCAAGGCUUCACAUCAAUAAGGUCAGACGGAAAGCAGCUGCGACAGUAUAUGAGAUCCAGCUGUUGUGAUGAUUAGUCGCACAGUACGUUAUGUUCUCUGCAAAGCCGCAGAAAUAAGGGCAUUGUGUGGGACA